UUACUGAUUCGAUUUGGUUCAGAGAGGUAAAUGCUGAAGAGAAACCAGAGUCGUUUGUUUUUCGCUCUUCUAAAGAGCGCGGAGGUGGAGAGGGUUAACGGAAUCCUGCACCUCCUCGGGUUUUCAGGGUUGGGUUUUGAACCUUUGAUGUCUUGGUCCUGUGCGUCUGUGAUUCUGGAGGGCUGGGUUUGGAACCAGGCAGGGCCGGGCACCCAAAGCCGCCCCAUUCCUCGGCUUUAAGUUCGCUCUGGUCGUACCUUUGGUAAUUCAUGUCCUGAGCCCCCUUGGUCUUGGAGGGCAAACUCAAAAUGGGUUUAAGGCUCUUCUCGGAACAGCUGGUUCUGUGGGUUUCCCCACAGUGCACGCGGGACUGUGAAACAAGCUUAACUGCAUAUUUUUCGUCAUUCCCAGGGCAACCUUUACACAUUCAUUGCGCUGUAACUGCGCUCGUAUGGGGCUAAGUAAUUCACAUUCGGGGUCCGGGAGUAUCAGUGACUCCCAGAAGUACUGAAAAGAGGGCGUCAUAAGAAAGGUGCUGAGGGUGAAGUGGAGUAGAGGAGGGCAAGAUUGGAAAGCCAGGGUUCAUUGAAAAAUCCUUAGUGAUAUUGACAUGUUUCAAGUGACAUAAAUUAGCCAAUGACUCGGAAUGAUGGAUUCCCCGAAGAUUGGAAAUGGUUUGCCAGUGAUUGGACCAGGGACUGAUAUAGGGAUAUCUUCACUCCACAUGGUGGGGUAUUUGGGAAAAAAUUAUGAUUCAGCUAAAGUCCCGUCAGAUGGGUAUUGCCCUGCUUGUAGAGAGAAGGGAAAGUUAAAAGCCUUAAAGACUUACCGAAUUAGUUUUCAAGAAUCUAUCUUUUUGUGUGAGGAUCUGCAGUGCAUCUAUCCUUUGGGCUCUAAAUCACUUAGUAACUUAAUUUCUCCUGAUUUGGAAGAUUGUCAUACCAUAAGUAAGCCUCAAAAAAGGAAGUUCUUGGAAACCAACUAUAAAGAUUCACCUCCUUUAGCAAAUACCAAAAAGACUAAAAAUCAUGUUGUUGGUGAACAAGUUUUGAACAGCAAACAUGAUGGAGAAGCAUAUGAUGAAACCUCGUCUCACUUACCUGAUUUACCACACAGUGGUCUACAGAACCCAGUUAGGACAGCUGAUUCCUUGGAACAGAAUGAGAUUUUGGAGGCUGGUAUUGACAUGGCUGCUCAAGAAUGUCCUGCUACAGUUGAUGUUUCUGAAACUGGAGGGAUUUCUCCUCAGAAUGAAGGAUGCGCAUCUGAACUGGAAAUGGCAUUGGAGAGCAAAUGUACAUCACUUUGCCAGUCUUUAUGUGUCCAGUGGAAAAAUGCUAAUGCUCUCUGUUGGUUAGAUUGUAUUCUGUCAGCAUUGGUGCACUUGGAAGGGUUAAAAAAUACUGUGACUGACCUGUGCUCUAAUGCGAAUUCUGUGUUCUGGCAGUUGUUUAUGAAGUAUGAUCAAGCCAAUAAACUUCUGCAUGCCAAUCAGCUGGAUGGAAUUAAAGAUGGAGAUUGUAAAAAACUUACUUCAGAAAUACUUGCAAAGAUAGAGUCCUGUCUGAAUGAAGUCAGAGAUGAAAUUUUCAUUAGGCUUCAGCCUCAGCUUAGAUGCACAUUAGGUGAUAUGGAAAGCCCCGUGUUUGCACUUCCCCUGCUCUUAAAAAUGGAACCCGUCAUUGAAAAGCUCUUCAUGUAUUCUUUCUCUUGGAACUUUGAAUGUUCACAGUGUGGACACAAGUAUCAAAAUAGACAUAUGAAGAAUCUGGUCACUUUUACAAAUGUCAUCCCUGAGUGGCACCCACUUAAUGCUGCCCAUUUUGGUCCAUGUAACAUUUGCAGCAAUAAGUCACAGAGAAGAAAAAUGGUAUUGGAAAAAGUGUCUCCCGUAUUCAUGUUGCACUUUGUGGAAGGCUUGCCACAUAAUGACUUGCAGCACUAUUCAUUUCAUUUUGAAGGCUGUCUUUAUCAAAUAACUUCUGUAAUUCAGUACCAAGCAAAUAAUCAUUUUAUAACAUGGAUUUUAGAUGUGGAUGGAAGUUGGCUGGAGUGCGAUGACCUAAAAGGCCUACGUUCUGAAAGGCGUGAGAAAUUUGAAGUUGUUGCUUCAGAGGUACAUAUUGUUAUUUGGGAAAGAAAAACAUCCCCAUUGACAGAUAAGGCGUCUGCCUGCCCUCCAUUUAAAAAGACUAAUGAUGAGCCUCCUUUUGAUGAUGAGAAGCCAGCCUCUCCAACUCGGUGUUCUGUGGGCGAUGCUGCCUCUGCUGAGCCAUUCUCAAGGACACUCCCCACCGGUGUGGCAGUUGGACCUAGCACACUCUCACAGGGUGAAGCUGUAGCUCUAGCUCAUGGGCAUCAUUUACUUUCAGGUCCAGAAAGUUUGGUUGACAAUAGUAUUUUAUCUUUGACACUUGAAGAAAUACAGGUUAACUCUGAAUGUUUCCUCUUAGAAAAUGAACUUGUGGCUGAAAAUGCAGGAGUUGGCAAAACAGAAACUUUGCAAUCACAAGAGUUAUUAAUGGCUUCUUUAGUAUCAGCUCCAUGUGUUGAAAAGCUUACUCAGGACCGAUUCGUGGACUUAAGCUUGCCAUCUCCAGUUGUAGAUGCAAACAUGCCGUUGGCACAGCCGAAUACAGAAGACACUGUAAUAAUUAAAUCUGUGAAUACUGUUCAUGCUACUGACUCUAUAAGUGGAGUAAAGCUGGUAGAAGUUGAGGGUACAGUUGCCCUAAAGAAGGAUACUCCAUUAAAACACUUUCUGUCACCCAAAACUGAGAAGUUAAAACCAGAACAAGCUGUUACAGCUCAGGUAUCUGAUUGGAAAAAAAAUGAAACUGUGGCAUCUUCUCAAACCAUAACAGCGAAAUCAGGACAGAAUCCAUCACUGAAAGAAACUCAGAAGAAACCAUUUGUAGGAAGUUGGGUUAAAGGCCUAUUAAGUAGGGGUGCUUCUUUUAUGCCACCUUGUGUUUCAGCUCAUAAUAGAAACACUGUAACUGAUUUGCAGCCUUCAGUUAAGGGGGCAAGUAAUUUCGGUGGCUUUAAAACGAAAGGCAUAAACCAAAAGGCUAACCGGGCAUCCAAGAAAGCCAAUAGGUGUGCAAAUAAGCCACCUACAGUUAGUAACCCUCUCCCAGGCCAUCCAUUGUCUGGUAGCACGACUUCUCGUGUGUGUGCUGAUGUUAUCGCUGAUACAGAUGCUUUGAAGAAAUGUGACAAUACCUCCUACGGAGCUCACCGUAGGCAUGAUUCUUGUGUGAAAGAAAAUGGUGUUUCUUCUGCAAACCAUGGAGACUCAGUUGAGUCUCAGAUUCAUAAACUUCGUCUAAAACUUCUUAAAAAACUGAAAGCCAAAAAGAAGAAAUUAGCUGCUCUUAUGUCUUCCCCUCAAAAAGGAACACCUCCAAGUGAAAAUUUAGAACAUGUGUCCCACUGUGGGUCUCCAAAUGAUUGUGAAUCAAUAGAAGACUUGCUAAAAGAACUACAGUAUCAAAUUGAUACUGCUGAUAAUAAAUCUGGGUGCACAACUCCAUACAGUAGUCAAAGUCAUGAAGAAAUUUUAGCAGAAUUAUUGUCUCCUACAACUGUUGUCUCAACAGAGCACUCGGUAAAUGGGGAGGCUGACUUUAGGUAUUUAGAAAUGGGAGAUGACCACAUCCCAGCACCAGUGUCUACUGAAUUAAAUGAUAUUCCCCAAAACACACAUCUGAGACAGGACCAUAAUUACUGUAGCCCCACCAAGAAAAAUCAGUGUGAAGUUCAGCCAGAUUCGCUGACAAAUAAUGUCUGCAUUAGGACUUUGAAUUUGGAAAGUUCCAUGAAGACUGAUAUUUUUGAUGAGUUUUUUUCCACUUCAACAUUAAAUUCCUUAGCAAAUGACACAUUAGACUUACCUCAUUUUGAUGAAUAUCUCUUUGAGAGUUGUUGAGUGCAUGUUCUCUCUUUUUAGUAUUUAUUACUGCUCUUGGAAAAACUUAAUAAGUUAGUAUAGUGUUUACACACUGGCCUUGUCAUGAAUAAAAUGUAAGCUGCUGAAGGUUUUACCUUUGCUUCUACUCAUAAAGCAUGUAAUCUGUUAUGCAAAUUAAAAUGAUCAAGAAUUGGUUUUCCUUGUUCGCUUUAUUUUGUAUUGUAGGAGAAGGAGGAUUUCAGAAUGUUAAACAUGAAAACUAGUGUCUAGUUUCUGGCAUUUUUUAUAGCUGGGUACAUUAAAUUUCUACAUUUUUAAUUUAGGUUACACUGGUUCAAGAAAAACAAUCGUUUGUACAAACUUAAGUCAUUGUAUGUGGGAUAUAGAAUGGGUGACUGUUUGGUAAUGGUUGUGUGAUCAUUUUGGACCCUAAGCCUGUUUGCUACACCAGUUGAAUGCUGUGGAAUGUAAACCGCCCCCUGUAGAGAAUACAACUUCUCUGUUUAGAAAAGAUGGUAGGAAACCUUGUUACUAGAACUCCAAGUAAUGUUACAUGAUUAAUAAGUGAUCUCUAACAGGAAAA